CUCUCUAGCCUCUCCAAAAUUUUUCUUACCGUGGAAACGGAAAGUUUUUCUUCAAAAAUUACCUCUCUAAUAAUCCAAUAUCAAAUCAAAUAAUAUUAGAUAUGGGUGCUAAACAUAAGAAAAAACCUAAUAUAGGAAAAUUGAGCAGAAAACAGAUUCGCAAGGAAAAAAGGAAAGAAAAGAAAGCAAAACGAAAUGAUUAUAACUUAAAACGAUUUUCAAAAAACGGGGAUAUGAAGGAUAGUGUGCAGCACUUCAAAACGGAAACCAAUAAAUCAAGAGUAGGUUCUGAUACCGGUGUGCCUGGACAAAAGGUAACUGAAUUAUUGGCUAAUAAGGAAUUGAAUAUGGAAGAACAGCACAAACGAGAGCAGAAACAAGUAAAGAAAUUAGAAAAGGACAUGAGGAAAAAUAGGAAAAUAUUGUUAGUCAAAGAAAACUUGAAAGAAGAUAAAACAAUUAAAAAAUUGGAAAAACAGUUAAAGUUGCAUAAACGGAAAUCGAAAUCUAUACCAAAAUCUUUUGCUGCUGAUGGGUUAGAUUACCUUCUCGAAGUAUGCAAUCCAGAAUAUAUUUCCAAAGCGGGAGCCGCGGAAAAUGAGCUAGAUAAAGUUAACGAAGAAUUUGAAGAGGAUUUCUCUUUAAUGACUGAACAUACAAAUACAAGUAAUCAUGGUAGGAGCAAAAUAUUUUCAAAUGAUAAUUCUUUAGAAGAUUUGUCGGAUUUGGAAAUUGGAAAUGAAAGCAGUGAAUCUGAUUCAGAGGAAGAAAGUAGUACUCGUGAAAUAUUUCAAAAAGACAAAAAAGACACAAAUAUUUUAAAUACUGGGAAAAGUCUCAAUAUAAAACGAAAUAAGAGACAAAAUAAGAUCACUGCUAAGAAAAGGAAAGUGGAAACUGAAAUUAGAAAUAGUGAUAGUGAUGCUUCAGAUAAUAAUUUGGAAUUAGAGGCAGUUGAGAACACUCCUACGGACGGAACUUGGGAGGAUAUCUACGGAAGAUUAAGAUCACAAGAUGGGGGCAUUGUUAGUACUAAUGAGGAGAAAUAUGUCCCACCCGCAAUACGAGCUAGAGAUGAAUUUUCCAAGUCAGAAGACAAAAAGAGAAGUGAAAAGCUUAAUCGUCUUAGAAAGCAAUUAAAGGGUCUUCUAAAUAGGUUGGCGGAAAGUAACAUGCACAGCAUAUCAUCUCAAGCUGAAGAGUUGUAUAUGAACAACAGUCGAAACGAUAUGAACGACACUCUAACCUCGUUGAUCUUGGAGUCUGUGGUGUCAAAUAUUUUGACACCAGAACGUCUACUGAUGGAACAUGUUUUACUCGUUGUUGUAUUACAUGCUAAUGUUGGAGCAGAAGUUGGUGCGCAUUUUUUGCAAACGGUAGUUAAAAAAUUAGCCGACCUCACCCAGUCAAGCCAAGAAGUCGAAGACAAACGCCUCGAUAACACGGUCAAUGUUCUGUCGCAAUUGUACAAUUUCAAAGUGUUCAAUUGUAAACUGCUUUUCGAAAUUUUGCACCGAUUGGCCGGCAACUUCGAGGAAAAAAACGUGGAGUGCAUCUUGCACGUCCUGCGUAGUGUCGGAUUCGCCCUGCGCAAAGAUGACCCUAUAUCUCUAAAGGAUUUAAUUUUGGAGUUGCAGAAACAAGCGGCCACCAUUGUUGGCGGGAGCGUAAAUAACUCUAGAGUGAAAUUUUUAUUGGAAAUACUGAUGGCGAUAAAGAAUAACAACGUCGCGAAAAUUCCGAAUUACGAUCCGUCGUAUUCCGAACACCUGAAGAAGAUAAUGAAAAGUUUUAUAAGAAAAGGCAAUUACGUCACGCAGCUGAACAUUUCCCUAGGCGAUUUGCUAAAAGCUGAAGAACGGGGACGGUGGUGGAUAGUUGGUUCGGCAUGGACCGGAACUUCAGAUGCUCCCGAAAAGAAAGAUAUUCUGCAGAAAUCGGACAGCUUCUCGCAGAAACUGUUGGAUCUGGCUCGGCGACAAAGAAUGAAUACGGACGCCAGAAGAGACAUUUUUUGUGUUGUCAUGUCUGCAGAGGAUUAUCUGGACGCUUUCGAGAAGCUUUUAAAAUUAGGCUUAAAAAAUCAGCAGGAACGGGACAUUAUUCACGUCUUGCUCCACUGCUGCCUGCAGGAAAAGACCUACAACCCGUACUACGCGGUGCUUGCCCAGAAAUUUUGCGACUACGAUAGGAAGUUCCAGAUGACCAUCAAAUACUCCGUUUGGGAUAAAUUAAAAGCCCUCGAUGAUCACUCGGGUCAGCAAAUUUCGAAUCUGGCCAAGUUGUUGAUUUAUUUGUUCCUGCAAAAAGGUCUACCAAUAUCCACCUUAAAGAUUGUGGAAUUUGGCGAACUGGACAAAAUAACUCUGAGGUUAAUCCGUCAAAUACUACUCGGAAUUCUGUUGCACGAUAAUUCAGAAGAGUGCCGGAGUGUGUUCGAGAAAGUGGCGUAUUCAGAUAAGCUGAAAGUCUUUAGGGAGAGUUUGCGGCUGUUCAUCCAUCAUUUUUUGCUAAAAAAUUUGAAAGCGGGAACGGUACCAGAAGAUCAACGGCAGUUGCUGCACGAGAGGGUUGAAAUGAUUGAGCAAAUUUUGUCAGUAAGGGACUCGAAGUUUAGUUUUUAAAGAUUAAAAGUGCAUAAACUCCAAGCCGUUUUAGUUUUGGUUAGUUAAACUUUGAGUGGAGUUUAAAGUGCAAGUUGCAAACCUUUAAUCCUGAUUUCAAGCUCCCAAACUCUGUUCAACUCAUCCCAUUUUUCUGGAGCCUACGCUUCACUGCACAACAAACGGUCGAUAUAAUACAGUUGUGCCAAUCCUCGAAGCAUUGCUGGUAAGCGCUUCCUGGUAUAGCAUUGAGUUUUUCCACCGAUGUUUUCUUUAUGUCGUCAAUUUUUCCAAACCUCCUACCUUUUUGAGGCAUGAUUGCGGUUUUGUUUUUGGGCAAAAGGUUAGACACAAGCAACGAUGAGUGAGCAGGUGCAUUAUCGUGAUGCAAAAUCCAUUGUUUUCCUACAAUUCCGGGAAUUUUCUUCGAAUUGCUUCUCGCAAACGGCGCAAGACUUCAAGGUAAUACUCUUUAUUGACCGUACGACUUUAUGGUAAGAACUCUUGGCAUACUUAGCCACCAUAAUCAAAGAAAACAGUAAGCAAAACCUUGACAUUUGAUGGAACGUGACGUGCUUUUUUCGGUCUU